CUGCCAAACCUGAUGGUGUGGCUAAAGUUAGCCCCCCACAGGCCGGUAUAUAAGGUCCAAAGGGUCCUCUUGCUGACAUGUCAGUCACGUCGUCUUGGCGCGGGCUUCUCUUCUUGACCAACAGCAACCCAACAAACGUGAGAGAUGGCACCCAAGAAGGCCAAGAGGAGGCAGCAGCAGGGUGAGGGCGGAUCCUCCAACGUCUUUUCCAUGUUUGAGCAGAGCCAGAUCCAGGAAUACAAGGAGGCUUUCACCAUCAUCGACCAGAACCGAGACGGAAUCAUCAGCAAGGACGACCUGAGGGACGUGCUGGCCACCAUGGGCCAACUCAACGUGAAGAAUGAGGAGCUGGAGGCCAUGGUGAAGGAGGCCAGCGGCCCCAUCAACUUCACCGUCUUCCUCACCAUGUUCGGCGAGAAGCUGAAGGGUGCUGAUCCCGAGGACGUUAUCGUGAGCGCUUUCAAGGUCCUGGACCCCGAGGCCACCGGCUCCAUCAAGAAGGAAUUCCUCGAGGAGCUCCUGACCACACAAUGUGACAGGUUCACUGCCGAGGAGAUGACCAACCUGUGGGCUGCUUUCCCCCCUGAUGUGGCUGGCAAUGUGGACUACAAGAACAUCUGUUACGUCAUCACACACGGAGAAGAAAAGGAAGAGUAAACCCGCCUCUCUGCAAAACAAACAAACAAACAAACAAAAAACCCUUCACCACACUUCCACGCCGAACCGUACCAACCCGCUCCAACGCCGCUCACACGUAUCCCUCGGCCCGCUCAGUUCCGCUUGCCAGCAGACUCAAGAAAAGACUUGUCUCCUUUGUUGAGACACUCACGGUGAGAUGACCUGAAUGAGGCUUGACUCUCCAUUCUGUCUGUGCGUGUUAAGACCAACAGUGCUUGCAUCACACCUGCAUUAUGCAUUUGCAGUCCAGUGUACAUGGCGGUCUUAUAAAAUCUCUCUUGGGUGCUGUGGUGCAGGCACAGCCACUUACUUGAAACAAGUAAGCCAUCUGACCCACUUGGUCUGUUUGUCUAAACCUCGCAUAGAUUUUUAACGGAGUCGUCCUCUUUUGUGGGGACGGAGCGGGAGUUUUGCACUAAAAUAGUCUGCUUCCACCCGCCUCUUUCUCCCGGAGGACAGGUCAUGUUGCAGGGAUGACAGAGCUGCCGGAAGAUGACGAGGGAAGAAGGAAAGAAAGAAAAGUCAAACUGACUUCUUUCUUCUUCUCCCUCCUCUUGCUGCUGUUUCCAACCUGUUGUUGUGACUGACCAUGUCUCCAUUGUAACAAAAUAAGAAGUAUCAAUAAAAGCAACAGUCUUUCGUAC